GUAGAAAACAGAAAAGUGUUUCUUUGUGAAAUCUUUUGGCGCUUCCAAAUCCCACGUUCACGGUUCACCUUUCUGCGGUACGGCGUUGCAUGCUACCGCCGUCGCGAACAGAAACACGGUCCCCAAAAAGGUAUGUUUAGCUGCUGCCGACGAGCGGUGUGCAAUGCACGCACUUUACUCUUACUUGCUCCCGGCGGUUCUCUGCUUUUCUCUCACACUCUCGCGGUUGGCUCGGAAUGAUGAUAGCAACGCGAAGGAAAGAGGAUGCCCAUCGAACCGCUGCAAGAAGCAAUAGCAAAGCAAGCUGCGUAUUUUUUGGCACCUCACUCGCGGCGAAACCGUGAGCGCCAGGAAGCAGCGAGUGUGACGGAAUCCGGUUUCUGCCGUCUGGGCCGCGCCGGGAUCUUAGCGCGGUGGACAAGAGACGGUAGUCUUGCUAGAAAGCGGCUAGAGCAAAUCGAUUGCGCAAAUAUGCACGGACCGCGUGCCGUUGGGCCCCGCCGCAGUGAGCAUACGGCGGAGGGUGGCACACUGUACGUGAACAUCUAGCGAUGACGUUUUGUAAUGUUCGGUUCCCACAGGAAUCGAAAUGCUCGAUUUACAUCGCAUUUGAAAUGGUUGGUAAAACGCGCGGGGCGGAGAAAAAAAACUAGAAGACCACCGCCAGCGACGGCACACGCACACCUCCGAUGCGUGCGUCCGUUAGCUUGAUUGUAGUGGUGCUCUGUAUCAACGCGCACAAGCCGGGGAGAGCACACAGCUCAGGCGCUCUUUGCACAACACCAGUCGUCGUCGUGGCCGCGCUACACUGCUUCUUUCUUGCACAACCGCGUUUCGCUACGCACGGCAAAAUGGUAUCGCUAUCUCGCUUGCGCCCUGUAGCGCGCGCGCUAGCGAAGGCAUGGUGUGAUGAUGGGCUGUGACCGCCUGGUUUUCCUCGUAAUUGCUCGCCGUUCAUCAGCAUCGUCGGUCGUCGGGGCAGCGAUUUCCAAUCCCAAACCGAUAACGGCAUAGGUUCCGUUUUUUAAAUUAAUAUUCUGUGCACGGAAUCCAAAAGUGGUCACAUUCGUGAGUCAAAGUUAGCGAAAGAUUCAAGUAAAGUGUACGACCAAUCCCAUCGGUCCCGGUAUCCGAGUUCCGGUCUCGAGAACUUCUUACCGACAAGCAGAAACAUUACAGAAAGUGUCAGCAGUUGGGCGAUAGAGCACGGUCAGCAACGAGCAGCAGUACGACCGGUCCUACAUGUGAUUGCUUGCAACAGCAACGGAAAUUGCAGAUGAAGGGGGACAAUUCCAGUAGGAAAUUGUCGAAGUGAUUCAAGUGAAAAUUAUCCUCAGCGACGGACGGGCGCUGGUGCGUACGGUGGCCUUUGCGCAAAAUCGACGGAGAAAUCGAGUCGAGUAGCAGGCGGUGGCGAGCACGACACAGGCGGCUAGUAGUGACGACAGUGCUAGGUGAAGCACCACAGCACGAGCCUCAAGAGUAACAACGUGUGUGGGGACAAGGAGAGGUGGCCACAGGCUAGUAAAGUGUGACAUUUCGUCAAACACAUACAUACACGUGGCCAUUGACGUGCGGUUCAUUGCGGCGCGCCCCUUCCACCAGCCGCAGCAGCAGCAUGGCUUACGAUGACAUUCUGCAGCACCUCGGUGGUUUCGGCCGCUACCAGCGCCGGAUUUAUGUGCUGCUCUGCCUACCGGCCAUAUGCUGUGCAUUCCACAAGUUGGCCGGUGUGUUCCUGCUAGCCGUACCCGAGUACCGGUGCCAGCUGCCGUACGAACUAGCGAACGCCAGCUAUGCGUUACCACAGGAACGCAUUUCCAUGGCCUACCCAAUCGAUACGCUAACGGAGAAACGCUCGACCUGCACCUUUCUGGAUGCGAACUUCACGGAUGCGUACUGGAACAGUGGCACGCCGGCCGCCGGCGUACGAUCAUGCGAACACUGGAUCUACGAUCGCAGCAAAUUCGAGAGUAGCACCGUGACCGAGUGGGAUAUGGUGUGCGAGCGGAGUUGGUUACGUGCCUCCGCCGAUUCGCUGUUUAUGGUCGGAGUCAUGCUUGGCAGCAUCGGAUUCGGCUACCUAUCGGAUAAGUACGGCCGGAAACCGAUCUUUUUCGCCUCGCUCGUGCUGCAGGUCAUCUUCGGCGUGCUGGCCGGUAUAGCGCCCGAGUUCUUCACCUACACCCUGGCCCGCAUGGUGGUUGGUGCGACCACUUCUGGCGUGUUUCUCGUCGCGUACGUGAUUGCGAUGGAAAUGGUUGGCCCAAAGGAUCGCCUGUACGCCGGUGUCGUCUGUAUGAUGUUCUUCUCCGUCGGUUACAUGCUGACGGCCGGCUUUGCCUACUACAUCCACGAGUGGCGCAUGCUUCAGAUUGCCCUCACGCUUCCGGGCGUACUGUUUCUCUGCUACUGGUGGUUCAUCCCGGAGUCGGCCCGCUGGCUGCUGUCGAACGGUCGCCCAACGGAAGCGAUCACACUGAUCGAACGGGCGGCACGAUGCAAUGGGUUGACGGUACCGCAGGAAGCACUGGAUAAGCUGCUGGAGGAAGACAAGGCGACAACACAGGCCCAGGAGGACUCGAGCGAAGCCAAACCAUCGUUGCUCGAUAUCUUCAAGUACCCGAACCUGCGCCAGAAGGCGAUGCUCAUCUUCUUCGAUUGGUUCGUCAACAGCCUCACGUACUAUGGACUGUCUUGGAAUACCAACAAUCUGGGCGGCAAUCCGUUACUGAACUUCGUCAUCAGCGGUGCGGUCGAGAUACCGGCAUACUCGUUCCUACUGCUCACACUGAACCGCUGGGGCCGUCGAACGAUCCUGUGCGGUUGCAUGAUCUUUGCCGGUACGAUGCUGCUCGCUACCAUGGCCGUACCACAGUCGCAGCAAUGGUUGAUCGUUGUGCUAGCAAUGCUGGGCAAAAUGGCCAUCACGUCGAGCUACGGUACGGUGUACGUUUUCUCGGCCGAACAAUUCCCGACCGUUAUUCGCAAUGUGGCACUCGGUGCCUCCUCGACCAGUGCCCGUGUCGGCGGUAUACUCGCACCCUACUUCAAUCUGCUCGGCGACUACUGGCAACCCCUGCCUCUGCUUAUCUUCGGUGCGCUGGCCUUCAUCGGUGGCGUGCUGUCGCUGCUUCUACCGGAAACCCACAACCAAAAGCUCCCGGAAACGAUAGCGGAUGGUGAAAACUUUGGCAAACGGAAAACGCUUCCACCGGGAACGAACGGUAGCAUUGGCGGUGGUGGUGGUGAUGUCGAGCGGACGGCCGAAGAGCUCCAAGAGCUCAGCAAACCGGCGGAAGAACAACAGUCAUCGGUCGAUGAGGGCAAAGAAAAGUAUUAACUACUACACUUCACCAUCCGCGACGUACGAUGGGUUAGACUUAGGCUUUAGUGUUGAAGCGGAAGUGAUACACGGGACCCAAUCCGCAAGGAGAAACCAACUAUAGAGAGAAAAGGAAAGGGCGCGUGUCUCGAACCCGUCGGACGGACAGGACAGGACAGAACGGAUGGAUGGACAGAAGAUUUCCCCUGAAAGUCGUACGAGAGAUCGGAUGAUUCUGCAUGGCCGUUUUUCUCCAUCCAAUCGUGGCCUCGUAUUCUCUUUCCUUCCUCUUUUUUCUCUUCUCUCUUUCUUUCUUAUUCCCGGCCUUUGUAAGAAUCCUUUUUCAUUUGGCACACAGCAGGGGCCAUCCCUUGUCAAAGGUAUCGCCUCAUAUGUGCCCAUGUGAGUUCCCAUUACUCAUAAUUAGAGGUCCGGGCGAGGGCUUACUUUGCCAGCAAUCUGCUGAUGGUGGUUCCUUGUAUUGUUGGAACCGUUUUGAAGUGCUACACAUGAAGAUGUGGCGGAGAGUGGUGCGCAUGCCCGUCCGACACGCAAUCGGUGGCUGGUGGCUGAAGCGAGGAGAAGCGUUAAGCACGUGAAAUUAUACGGCAUUGCUCAUACUUCUUGUAUCCGCUCAGCAGGAAUUCGUAACCGGUCGCUUAUGCCGGUUAGGAAGAUGGUACUUAUAUACCUGACGUCAACAUUUUUUGGAUUUAUUUUUUAUAUUUUCAUUUUAUUUUAAGGCCUUAAAAUGGCAUUCGCAUAGGAGGGUCUAUUGAAAAUUGUAUGACGAUUGGGUAUUUAAUGUUGUUCUGUACUUAGCAAUGCUUCAUUUGUAGACGUUGUACGGCUUAUCGGUCACACCAAUCUUAAUCAUGUGGACCAACUAUUAGUUUCCAUUGCAUUUGUUAUGCCAUGUAGCGACACUAUCAGUGUACCGGCUGAUUGCGUUCCGGUAUAGGUAUAGAGCCAAAGGCAGAGAGAAAAGUAUAUGAUCAAGUAGAAUGAUUCAGUGAUCGAUCGUAUAGGACAUUCAUAGAUCUACACAGAAGCUACACAGAAGUAAAGUGUACUCGGAGGUGUGUUAUUUGCUUAAAAGAGGGAGUAUAGAACGAACAAACAAAAAUUUUCACGUGACUAGCGGCGGCGACGCAUCACUGGGGUAAUCGGUGACAUAAAUUGGGAAAACUAUUUUUAUGUCCCACAUGGCGUCACGGACUGGCACAGAUUCACAGCAGAAGAGAGGAGGUGAGAGAGAGAGAGAGAGAGAGAGAGAGAGAGAGAGAGAGAGAGAGAGAGAGAGAGAGAGAGAGAGAGAGAGAGAGAGAGAGAUUGUGUGUGUUCGAAAGCAGAUGAGCCCUCCCUCUCCUCAGAAGAGGUGUAAAACACAGACGGCCACUGGUGGUUGCCAACAGUUUGAGUUCAAUUUCCUAUUUAAUGUUUGUCGUUUUCUGUCUUUGUACGAUUCUCUGAUCUACUACAGACAUACACAAAAACGAAAGGCCAUUAGAUAUGCGGUCAAGGAAAGAUUGGUCGGGAUGCCGACCACGAGAUGAUGAUGAGACAAGACAAGAAGUGACAAACACGGGAUGGGGAUGAGAAGAGGUGUCUUUCUUAAAAUGAGAAAAUGCACCAAGCACCAUUUAUGUGGUUCCUCCACCAGAGAAAAGAACCAGCAUCAAGGAAUAUCGCUCAUUAUCCCUACGAUUCUUUGUUUUCUAUUACGGCACAAUGGUGUCGACUAAUGGCGUAAUAUCCCGGUUCUAUACAACGUUAGUUUGGGAUCGUUUCAACCGCCACUUGCUCUCGUUGUACUUUUAUCAUCCAAAAGCAAUCGUGUACUAUCUCCAUUUACAUAACUGGACAUUCCAAAAUAAGUUUAAGAUUUAAACGCAUAAGGCUUAAGAUGCCGUCUCGUGUCUUUUGACGUCUUUUUUUUUAAACGCAGAACUUAUUGUUUAAGCAUUUUCUCUUCUCCAAAUACUACACUACUUAACUUAGGGAAAUAGGAGUAGAGUAAGCCCCAUGAUGAGUAACAUGAAUCAGCGGUAACUACUAAAAAUCGUUUCUUUACGAACUCGGACGUACUACGUACGUUUUGGCCGCGAUUUGUGCAGAUGGUUCUUAUGUUCGUGCAAGUUUUGUUUCGAUAUUUUCAACAUAAAAAUAUUAGUAAAGAAUAGCAGUGAAAAGCAGAAAAACCAGUUCUAAAUAAUCACUUGAACGAUUUUUGGAAAGAAAAUUAUACUUCUGAUGAAUCUAGGGCCUUUGGUGGGUAAGCUUUGGAUCAACAGAAAAACACCGACAAAAGGCGUUUUUUCCUAGUAAUAAUCACUAAGGACGAUAAGAUCUACUUAUUGGCCGGUUAAUGUCCGUGACGAACAUGUAUGAAAUAGGGCAUCUUUUGUUGACUCGUCAGUUAUUGCCUAUUCCGAUGUGAAAUACUUGUCUUAUAAAACGACUGAACUUUGUGAAAACGACAAAAACAUUCCAUGGUAGCCAGAAGUCCAGAAGAGGAGUCCACGUUGAUCCUCCAUUGGACGAUUUAAAUGCUGCAUUUCUCUGAACAUACGUACAAAGUAAUACUACCUUGUGAUUUUAAAUGAACUACCGUUUUACAUGAAACAUAUUUAAGGGCUUGAAUUUGAGUAUCAGUAUAUAUACAGUAGACAACAGUUUACGGUUUCGUGACAGGGCCAUUAAUUUCUUUGCUAAAUAUCUAUUAAACGACUUACGACUUGUGUAACAAUGACGAGAGACAACGCAUCAUUAAUUUGCGAUCAGGUGCCGGAAUGUCCGAAACCCGUUCUGAACGAACUACUAGAAAACGAGAGCUUCUAUUAAAACCAUGAUUAAAAAACUUGUUUUGAGCUUACUUAGCUUACUCUGGCCUUCUCCCUUUUCUAGCUCUCCCAACAUAUUCCUAGUCUUAUGAGUUUAGAUUGAAACAUAUCUUGGUCAUUAAAACCAAACCAUGCACGCGCAAAGCAUCUUCUCCUGCUUCUCUUGAUCUUGUAUCGAAUGAUUGUACGUUCGUAUCAUCGUACGAUGAACUAGGAGGACGCUAACGACGCAUGGUGCUGCUCGUCCGACAGUCAAUCAUUCGAUACUCACAGCCACACAUCGGUUAUCGGUUAUUGAUAAGAUAGAUUGGUGCUAGGUGGAGAUAACUCUCUAGCGGCGGGCUAGCAACACUACCGCAUGGUAGCAUGGUAAUUCAAUGAGUGAAGAACUCAGCGAAAGGGCUUAAAACGAUCACUCGAUACCACCGAUCACGCUACGGUGGAGUGCUCGGUACUCCGCCGGACUAGGGUUCAAUGGUAGGACACAAGAGGGGGCCCCAUUUGCAUACUACCGCCAGCUUCAACUUUUUCCCGGUGCGAUUCCGGCUAUCGUGUACUUAUUAUACCAAUAAAGGAUGCUGCUAAUCAGAACAUCAGUAAACAUCGUCGUUUCCCUACGCUGUCGCACUAUACGACGAUCGCGCCAUGAUGACGCCCGUUCGAUGCGUUCGAUGUUGAAACAAUUACUAUCAAUUGGUUUACGAAUCUCAUGCGGUGGAAACCAUUUUUCAUUUUGUUCGUUGUUGUCCCACCUCCCACCCUCCACUUGCCUCGUUUUGAUUGUAAAGGGGGCAACCAAGCAGUUGGAACCAAGAGAGGAGGAGUUCCUUUUGUACGGCAAGAGAUCACAUCAGGGAAAAGGACAAGAAGCACCCAGCAGCAAGUUGUCGCUGUAGCCAUCAUCCAGUAACGGGUCGGUUAAUUGAUGCCUCCGACCGAUUGUUGCCUAAGCGCUAGUGAAUUGAUAAUGCAUUGUUUAACCGUUCUGUCUCUUUUCUCUUUCU